CAAUUUAUCACUAUAUAGACGGACUAGAAGUUCCUAGCUGGUUAUACAUAUCCAAGAAAUAAGAUAUGGAGUAUCAACAAUUGCUAAUACCUUUCUGCUUCUAUUCACUUAUUAUCCUUUCUGUCCAGCAAUCGCAGCUUACUGGCUUCUCAUAUGCUGGGCAACAUGUAUGUGCCCGCGAUGAUGCCUUUUAUUUGCUUCAAUUGAAGAAAGGCCUCACAAUUGCUUACCGUUUCCGAGGUUGGUGUGGCAACGAGGGCCGAGCCAAGACUUUAUCCUGGAAUGUUACAGGAGAUUGUUGCAAAUGGGAUGGUGUUACUUGCGAUGGAUUUACGGGUCACGUGAUAGGCCUCGAUCUUUCUUGCAGCUUUCUUCACGGAACUAUUAAUGCUAACAGCAGCCUCUCAAAACUUGGUCAUCUCCAAAGACUCAACCUUGCCUACAACGAGUUGGUUAGCUUUCCACUUGGAAAUGGUAUAAGUGAACUCACGAGUUUGACACAUCUCAAUGUUUCAUAUGCUGCAAUUGUUCAAACGGAUGAGAUCCCACCAGGAUUAUUCAAGUUGCCUAAGAAUUUUCCUUCGUCUCUUACCUAUUUGGAUCUGGCAGCCAACAACUUGUCUGGUGACAUAAGCGAUUCUAAUCUCUUUCAUCUACCAAACUUGCAAGUGCUGAGAUUGGGAGGGAAUUCUUUUCUAACAGGCACUUUGCCAAAUUUUAAUUGGAGUUCCAGUGGAAGUAUUUUAGAGUUGGACUUUUCUGAUACUGGUAUUUUUGGUAAGGUACCUGAUUCAAUUGGUAACCUCCAUUCUCUUUGGUAUCUUAACCUCUCUAAUUGCCAUCUCUCUGGCUCAAUUCCAGAAUCCAUUGGCAACCUCACUGCAAUUAGAGAGUUGAAACUUUCAUAUAACAACUUCACUGGUAAUGUUCCCUCAACUAUCACAAAAUUAAACAAGCUCAUUUCUUUAGAUCUCUCUUCCAACCAUUUUGGAGGCUCAAUUCCAGAAUCCAUUGGCAACCUUACUGCAAUUAGAGAGUUGAAACUUUCAAAUAACAGCUUCACUGGUAAUGUUCCCUCAACUAUCUCAAAAUUAAACAAGCUCAUUUAUUUAGAUAUCUCUUCCAACCAUUUUGGAGGCUCAAUUCCAGAAUCCAUUGGUAAUUUCACUAGAAUUACAAGUUUGGAUCUUUCAGUUAACAGCUUCAGCGGAAAUGUUCCCUCAACUGUAGGAAAGCUGAACAAACUUAGCUACUUAGGCCUCUCUUUCAAUAAUUUUGAAGGCUCGAUUCCAGACAUCUUUGCCAACCUUUCAGAGCUAUCUUCUUUAUAUUUUGAAACUAACAAUUUCACUGGCUUAUUCCCCUAUUCAAUUGCAACCUUGACUCGCCUUGAAGUAUUAUACUUGUACAACAAUUUACUAACUGGUACACUUCCCUCUAAUAUAAGUGGGCUUCAAGAGCUACAAACACUUGAUUUGUCCUUCAAUUAUUUCACUGGCACGGCACCCCCUUGGUUAUUCAAUCUUCCAUUGCUGUCGGAUUUACAUGUUCAAGCCAAUCAAUUAACCAAAUUGCCAAAUGAGAUCAAGAGCGAUCACUUAAAGCACUAUGAAAUUGAUCUUUCGCACAACAAGUUGCACGGUAAAAUCCCUGAUUGGAUGCAUUCCACGACCUUGUUCAGCCUAGAUCUCUCUCAUAACUUCCUCACAGGCUUUGAAAAACAAGUAUGGUCCUCAAUGGAUUUGUUGUUCUACCUUAAUUUGGAGAACAAUUCUCUUCAAGGGUCUUUGCUUCCGUCCAUUUGUGACAUGACUAACCUUCGAAUCCUCAAUUUGGCUCAUAACAAUUUCAGUGGUUCAAUCCCAAGAUGUUUGGGUAGUAGUUCCCUUGGUAUUUUAGACUUACAAAUGAACAAUUUUCAUGGAGAGAUACCAAGAUUCUUGCCAACAGGGUUACAAUACCUUAGUUUACAUGGCAAUCAACUGGGGGGACAAGUUCCACGAUCCUUGGUUAACUGUACCUACUUGGAAGCUCUUGAUUUGGGGAAUAACAAGAUAAAUGACACGUUCCCCAUCUGGCUGGAGAAACUUCCAAACCUACAAAUUAUGAUUCUGAAAUCCAAUCUCUUUCACGGUCCAAUUGGUGAAUUGGUGUCCGAGUUUCCAUUUCCUGAGUUACGAAUCUUUGACCUUUCCUUCAAUGGGUUCGCUGGAACUUUUCCAUCUAAUUUUUUCAAAAUAUUUAGAGGUAUGAUGGAUGUGGAUGAAGAAAAAACAGGAAUUACUCAACGAAGUGAUAGCGCAGCAAGUAAAAGGGAACACACAUUUUACCUUUACCAUGUUAGCUUGGUGAUAAAAGGUAAUGUGUUUGAUCUGAGAAUCACGUCACUAAUGACAAGUAUUGAUUUAUCAAGCAAUAGGUUUGAAGGAGAUAUUCCAAAUUCCCUUGGAAGUCUGAACUCACUUGUGUUACUCAACCUAUCUCAUAACAACUUCCGUGGUUAUCUUCCUACAGAAAUUGCAGAGUUGCACGAGCUCGAAGCAUUAGACCUCUCAUGGAACAGACUCAUUGGAGAAAUCCCUGGUCAAUUGUCGAGUCUGACAUUUCUUGAGGUCUUAAACCUUUCAUACAAUCAUCUUGUUGGGCGCAUUCCGCUUGGGAAACAGUUCAAUUCAUUUCCAAUUGAUUCAUAUUGUGGAAAUCCUGAUUUAUGUGGAUUUCCACUAUCAAAGGAAUGUGGAACAAAUAAUGUGUCAGAUGAGGCACCACUUGAACAAGAUGAUGAUGAUUCAAGUAUUGCUAGCGGGUUCACAUGGCAAGCUGUCGUAAUAGGGUAUGGUUGCGGUAUUCCUUUUGGAUUGUUCAUGGGAAGCCUCAUGUUCAUACUUGGAAAACCAAAAUGGUUUGUGAACUUCGCGGAAGAUAUUGCUCAACAAAUUGCUGAAGAAAUUGCUGCUAGGAAGCGAAGAAGGCAAAGGAAGAGACAUCAAAGACGUUGAGACACGGUUUAAGAAUGACGUAGCAACAUACCAGAUGUUGUUGAGGUUGCUGGAGAGUUGAACAGGUUUACAUACUAGUUACAUUAUUUACAAGUUAGUAUUAAUAUUGAGGAUUCAUAUAGCCGAUCCUGACUAGCUUGGGAUUGAGGCGUAAUUGUUAUUGUAUUAAUAAGUUGGUGUUGAUGUUCUGGCAAAUGGCAAUGUAUGCAUUUGUUUCUUCACUUUAUAUGCCUGUGGUGAUUUCUAUAGUUUUAUGAAAAUAAAGAAAUAAGUUUUCGA